CAUCUCUGUUCAGAUCCUGUCUGCAGCAAACAGCCCUUGAUGUUGCACUGGCUUCAGGUAUGGAUUUUAUCAGGGCAGAGGGAUAUGUCUUCUCACGUGUUGCUGAUGAAGGCCUUUUGAAUGCAUGUGUCGGAGUCCUUUUGCGAUACGGCAAGCAAAUAAAGGCUGAACAUGUACAGAUCUUCACUGAUAAUAAAAAGAAGCACAGCUCCCAUGUCCUGACUUCAGAUGUGAGCAUAGUGGAGACGGCCAGAGCAACUGAGUUUUUUCCCUCUCUGACGGGGAUCAUUAUCACUGGAACAGCCACAGGGGUUCAGGCAGAUCCAGUGGAACUCAGAGGUGGUGCAGUAGGUGGCCUGUUGGGAUGGUGGAUGACCAGUGGACAGUUCAGACCUCUCCCUCAGAUCAUCAUGGAGCUGCCUCCCCACCAGCAGCAGAGGCUCUAUGCUGAUAUCAUGGCCGUUUUGGGCUCACUGGACUGGACAGACCUGGCCCAGCUGACCGCUCUGGUCAUAGGGAAUGCUACUCUCCAGCAGCAGGUCACUGCUGCCCUACUCAGUUAUAUCACAAAGGAACUGAGAGCAGAGGUGAGAUAUGGGGACUGAUCUACACAGACGGAAUAUCUGGAGGAACUUAGAACACACAUUUGCUGCCUUUUGAAUGAAACAACUUUUUGUACUCAAAUUCAACUCCAGCUUAUUUUUGGAGACUGAAAUAACCUUCACUGGAAGAGGCCUUAUGGAGUUAAUACAUUGAGGCUCAUGUCAGACCUGUCAUGUCAUCCAAUAUCUGAUCACAUCCUUUGAUAAAGCACUUAAUGGACAAUUCCACCACUUUUUCACAUGAUUUUCAUUAUCUCCAGAACAAUACCAGUGUACAUAUGUGAAAAUGGCACAUUUCUACGUUUUGCAGAAACAAAUAUGAAGUUAAAGGUUCUACCCAAUGACAUCAUCCAAAGUUAGAACAUAUUUAAAAACAGUGAUUUUCAAACACUUUGAGACUCGCAGAGACGUGAGGAGCAAGAAAAUACUCCUAGCCUGUUAUGUCAUAGAGAAGCAUUUGUUUUAUGACCUUAUCUUUUUCACCACAGAUCAUAAAAACACGCUGUUUUUACAUACUGCAUGUAGACACUGGUAUGGCGCUGGAGAUGAUGAAUGUGAGGUGGAAAAGUGGUGGAAUUGCCCUUUAAUGUACACAUUUGUUUGGUUUUAGUUGAGAGCGUUUUACCUCUGAAUGUAGCGGUAUGAUUGAAACUUCUCUUGUAAGAACAGUCCAGCGGUUAAUCAAUAUGGUGCACUUUAUUUGUACCGUAGUGCAUCAUUUGUUGCCAAUAUUCUGCACUGAAAUGUACACGUUGAAUAUUGCUGUGCAUUUAUAAUUGACAUUUAUUUGCAACAAAGACAAUGACAAAAUAACCCUGAUCACUCCUCUUGUAAGUGUGCCUGGGAUCUCAAGCGACUCAUGUGUUGUGAACAUGGUAAGAGAUGAGUACUUCUGAGAAACCGGCCUUGAUACUUCUGGCGCAUAAUGGUGAUAAGUCCCACCUAGUCCUAGAAUUAACUAAUUGGGAAAAUCUUGGACACUUUUUGUAAUGCUCUGUACUGGAGUGUUUAUAUGAAAAUCAUGAUAAAUUAAGUAAAGGUCAAAGAUGACUUGUAUGAUCACCACAAGCUUUUAGUAUGACAUCAUUAAGCCAGAAAUCAUGUUGUUUCAGUGAAUCAACUGACAGUUUUGUAAAGGGAAAUUCAACCACUUAACACGAUAUUUGUAAGAAAAGGAAGACAAUGCUACACAAUGUAAUCUCUCCUGGACAGAUGCAUGCACGUAACAGAAUGGUAUCUCAUCUGACGCAAUUACACAGUAUUUUUGUUCUGGCUUUCUGAAAUGGUACGCAAUGUGACAGUUCCUCUUUUUCAAUGUUUCAAAUGUAGACUUUUGAAUAAUACUAGAAUCUUAAGGUAUCAAAGCACUUUUUGAAGUAUGUGCAAAAGUUGUUUGUUAUGAUGCCUCUGUGCAUUUUUUUAUUUUCAUUUUAUUUUCCUAGACGUUUCCUUGUUCCUUCUUUGCAAGCAAAUGUAGUCAUGGAGGUUGUCAUAACAUCAUACAGAGAAAGGUAUGAAAUUUCUCCUCGAGAUUAAUAAUCUAAGAAGCUAUGUCAUUCGUUUCUCUGAGAGAUGGUUGUUAGUCUUGUAGGAGUGGCUUACUAAUAAACAGUUUAGUCGCAGCUUU